GAUGGAUGGAUGGAAGGAAGAAAAUGUUACAGCCAAUAUUACAACCACUCUGGAGAAAGUGACCUAUGACUAUUUUUCACACUUACGACCAUGGCAGCAUCUCGUGGGCAGACGAUUCCUCCUCGGAGAGCUGCAGCGGGAAUGGCUCGUCCACCUUGAACCCUUCCACCUCCAGCAGCACUCAGGGCGAUGCCACCUACACCGAGGUGAACGGCAAUGGAGCGGGCGCCCCCAUGGAUUUCAGUGCCUCGUCGGAGGACCAGCCCAUCAACCUCUGCGACAAGUUGGCUCCCGCUCACGUCGCCAACGCCUACCAGUCGGACAGCUGCAGCGCCGACGGCCUGCGCAGCCGGACGAAGUAUGGCGCCAAAAGCACCACAGAGGUGGGUUCCGAUGCGCCCCUUAGCCCAGGCGCCGCUGCCACUAGCACACAGCUGUGA